UCAUAGCAUGUUGAUAGAAAAGAGUGCUAUGAAUAAAGAAAUUUAAAUUAAAGAAUAAAUUCGAUAUUAAUUCAAUUAUCUAUAUGCUGAGGCUGUACAUAAAUUCUUAUGUUAAGAGCGCUCGUCGAGAUAUAAAAUUUUAGUCUACGGGUCUUACUUCUAUCACACUUUAAAAUGCAUCGAAUGCCGUUAGCUUUUUACUUGAUCUCAAUAAUCGCUCUUGGAUAUUCCAGGCCAACCGAGGAAGAUGACUUCGUGAGCUGUAUUGACGAAAGCAGCUCCUCUUCCGACGUCAGCGAAGCAGAUGCCUUGAAAAAGUUCCUGUACUGCUUCUACAAGAAGACUGACGUCAUCACCGGCGACGGCCACAUCAAGAUUGAUAACUUUCUGGAGAAGCUUCCAGAAAAUAUGCAUUCAGAGAAAGUGAGGGAGGUGCUGAAUAAAUGCAACAGUUUGAAAACCGCUAGCACGCCGGAGCAAACAGUCUUGAAUAUAUUCACGUGUAUCCAUGCCGUUUAAGAUUAUUAA